AUGUCAUCCUCUCCUGGAAUCAAGCCCUGGGGGCAUGUGGACAUGAUGUACAUCUCCAUUGAGGCAGCUAUCGCUCUGGCCUCUGUGUUUGGGAAUGUGCUGGUGGUCCUGGUGGUGUGCGUGAACCGGGCUCUACGGGACACCACCUUCUGCUUCAUCGUCUCUCUGGCAGUGGCAGACAUCGCCGUGGGGGCUUUGGUCAUCCCCCUGGCUGUGAUCAUCAGCCUGGGACUGAACACUCAGUUCUAUACCUGUCUCUUCCUCUCUUGCCUGCUGCUCAUCAUUACCCAGAGUUCCAUCCUGUCCCUGCUGGCAAUCGCCAUCGACCGUUACCUGCGAGUUAAGAUUCCCACCAGGUAUCCCGUCAUAGUGACCCAAAGAAGAGCAUGGGUAGCGGUUUGCUUAUGCUGGAUUCUCGCUUUCUUAACUGGUCUGGUUCCCAUGUUUGGCUGGCACAGCCACAAGGCCCAAGGAAAUUUCAGCAGUUCCAGUUACAUCACCUGUAAAUUCACCGCAGUCAUGAGCAUGGACUACAUGGUCUACUUUAAUUUCUUCGGGUGGGUAGUGGUCCCAUUGACCAUAAUGAUCGCUUUGUAUGGGGAGAUCUUCAGGGUGAUCCGGCGACAGCUCAAUCUGCGUGCAGAGGCCACCUGCGAUGCCGAAAGGUACUACCGGAAGGAGCUGAAACUGGCCAAGUCACUGGCCUUGGUGGUCUUCCUCUUUGCCAUUUGUUGGCUGCCACUGCACAUCAUGAACUGUAUCAUCGUCUUCUGUCCGGGGUGUUCUGUGCCCAAGUUCACCAUGUAUGCAGGCAUUUUCAUGUCCCAUGUGAACUCGGCUCUCAAUCCAAUGGUUUAUGCUUUCAGGAUAAAACGGUUCCGAGUCACGCUAAUCCAGAUCACUCGUCGUUGUAUCUUGUGUAAGCCAACAGAUCCAAGCCCCUGCCCAAACAGCACACCAGCUCUGACUGUCCACCUGUAG